AUGGAAGAAAUAAAGGACCUUAAAAAGCAAAAUAUUGAUAGGCCCAUCAGCUGCAAUUGUUCAAAUUCUUUAAUAACUCAACUAUUAAUGAGAACAAGGGAUCUAGAGGAAAAGCUAAAAAGAGAAAACGAAGCAAAAAUAAUUGCUGAAAAAUUGGCUCUUAAAUAUUAUAAUAAGCUGAUUAAGGCUGGACUAUGGAGAUAA